AUGGAUAGGUCGCUCGCGGCUCUGUUGAGGUCUUUGAAGACCUCACAAUACCCUGAAGAUGCUGCAAGGUUAUUACCCACCGCCACGAACCUUUUGUCGCGACUGUCGAAUCCUUUGAAUGUUUCCUUGCUGUCUUCGCAUCUGCUGUCAACUGAUGUCCUGUAUCCGAGACCGACCGAUCUGGCUCGAUGUCGAGCGAUCUUCAGCGUUUUCUACACCGCAGUUCUCCGACGGAUCGAGGACAAACAGACUGCAAGCCACGAAUAUUCUCACAGUCAUCUGGCCAAAAAAGAAUGGAUAAGAGCCGUGGUGCAGGGGGCAGACGAAAAGUCCCCCAGAUGGAGACAUACCUUGCUUCUAGGGGCACUUCUUCUCGCCUGUCAGUCGAGGGAUUCCGAAGAGCUGCCGUCCGACCUCCGCAACAAGCUGGAGGCUGCGUUGGUCACCGCAUCCAACCUCGCUUUACAACAAAAGGACUCUGAACCCAACUGUGAGCUGGCCGUCGUGUUCGCCCUGAACUAUACCUUUCCUACCCUGUCGGACUAUCAUCGGGCGCAGGUCCAUUACGACCUCCUGCUGCCCGUCCUCAUAGACGCGGCGUUCUUCUCUCGCGAAGGUCUCGAACAAGGUUAUUGGCUGGGGGUUAUCGACUACGACGUGCGCCAAUCUUCUGAGCAAAAAUUCAAAUGGCCAUCAGACUGUACGUCGUUCCGAAAAGUCACUGAAAUCAAAUCAAGAAGUCUAGUGUCUGCGCUCGGCGCGCUGUCACGCUUGAUUGCCCAUUCUGUCGACAAUGUACAUGAUCGGCUGUUGGUGGUCCACAGUACGAACAGGAUUGCCGGGUUCGCGAGGAAUGUCGCAACAUCAUGGAGGCAGAACAAAUUGUCUGAAAUUGAUCCAAGGGAGGAGUCUCAGUUUCUGGACCAAGAGACCAUCAACAAGACACUGCCGGUCCUUCUCCAGCUUCUCAGAGACACAAUGUUUGCCGCUGUCAUCGCCCUUCGAUCUGUUCUCGGCAGGCUCCUCUGCGAUGGGGUGCUUGCGUCCGAUGUCAAUGCUCCAGGGUUGGCCAUGCAAAGCUUACACAUAUUACGCGACACUUACUUCAUAGCCCACCGUUUUGGGUUGACCUCUUCGUCGCAGUACAUCUUCGUCAACUUUACAGCCAUCGAUGUCCUAAGUCGAUAUCAGGCACAGUCGGAGAAUUUUCUGGAGUCGAUACGACCUAUAGAGCCGGGCCGGAUUCCCCAGCAUCCUCUCGACAGAAUGCAUGAUUUAUUCUUCCUCAACUCCGCCGAACACUUCACACUGACGGUCUCGCCACGUCUGAAUCAGGAUUUACUCUUCAACGCUGCAGCACCGUACAUUGACCCGCAAGGAGAUCCACGACUCGCUGAAAUUUACGAGGCUGCCCACAGUCUUAUCUUGGCCAUCCUUGCCGCGCCACAAAACGCGGAGGUGGCAACGAGGAAUGUUCCGUUCUACGUCGAAACUUUGCUGCAAAGUUUCCCCAAACCCCUAGCAGCUCGACAAUUCAGAUUGGCCAUCAAGUCAGUCGUCCGCAUCGCAGCUCCGCCCUCCCCUAUUGCAGUAUGUGUGCCUCUCAUGCAAGCCAUUGUCAUGGACUUGCUCAGAGAACGCAUGAGUCAUGCCUCAGAAGAUGUGCUCCCUCCUAGUCCAGACUUCGCAAAGGACAGCCAGCCUCCUUUGUCGGAAAAGACAGUCUUUCUGCUCUCAAUCAUAGACUGUUUGAGCUUCUUGCCAAUUCCAUUACUGGAAGAAUGGCUUCCACUGACUGCUGAGUUGCUCCACAAAAUUCAAGAUCCCGGCCAAAGGCAACAAUCCCAACAACGACUGUGGGAUACCCUUAGUAACGGUGAAAUGGACGUGGAGCGGGCCGCUGCUUGUGUUGCUUGGUGGACCUCCAGAGGAGGCCGGGAGCAUGUCAUGUUUGGAGAGCACCCAGAAGACCAAGAAUACACCAUGAGUGGUGCCCUUCAGUACGACAGCAAGCUUUGA